AUGUCUCGCAUUACUAACAAAAUUUGCGGCGGCAUGGCCAGGGCGAAUGUCGUGGACCAUGGCGUCUAUAUGAAGCCGAUCUCUCAUAACCCAUACCUUUCCACGGUUCACGACGGCGUUAGCACUGGCUACCUUGCGGGAUUUUCGGCCAAGCCCAUGCAUUGGCUUUACCGCUUCCGCUACAACACUCUUCCACAGGGUUUUGCAACGGGAUUUUUUUCCCGCAAUCCAUAUGGACGUUAUGUUCACUGGCUGGAAGUGAGCACAAUUGAGAAGAUGCGUCUGCAGGCCAUCUCUGUGGAAGGUCUACCCUGCAACGUCGUUUCGGUGUUGGUGACUCUUUAUUCUCUCUGGUACAUUUACCGCCUGUGUUUUUACCACCCAGACCUCACGCUCUACAACUUGGGCCUCUGGACAACGAAGCCGUGGAUUUCAGCGCAGCGAUUCAAUAAGAAACAUGAGCUUGACCAGCCCAUCUUCCGCUGGAUCCAUCGUGCGCCAGAGUACUUCAUCACGGACCCGUAUCGUGAGCUCAACAAGCUUGAGGUGGCGGCCAACGACACGUGGCGAGAGUAUGUCAAGUCCAUCGGACGCGAAGACGAACUUCUGAUUGGGCCGCAUGACAAGGGAUACGGUGUGGACGGUAAGGGCAUGCUGCUACCGAUGGAGAUUCCACAUGAGGACAAGAGCGGUCACAGCCCUGGCCCGUUCCCUACUCUCCGUUAA